UUCUACUGGGAUAGAAGACACACAGCACACUCACAGCAACACAGAAUCACAAACAGAACCAUGUGACAGACAGAUUCCUGCUUCUCCUGGGGGAGAUGAUGGCCAGCCUACUCACAGCAACUUAGAAACACACACAGACACAGAGCCUUGUCUUGCUCAGACUGCACUGUCAUGCACAACCAAAUGCACAGCAAUGAGCAAUGGCACAGACAGGGGCCCCAGUGCUGCCCAGGCACACGCAGUGCCACUCAACAAACCCAAUGACAAGCACCUCCUAUCAGACAUGGGUAGAAAACUGAAAGAAGAAACAAGCAGCAACCACAAUCACCAACAGACUGCAGCCACAGACACAAUUAAAGUGGCAACAAGUAACAGUAACUCUCCAGCUCCUUGUCUCUGUUAUGUUUCCAGCAGAUGGACUGCAAUGGAUAAUCCAUCAGGAAUGAACCAGGAUAAGGUCUGGUGGAAGGUAGAAGUAUGUAAACCCACAGUCAUCAAAACUCCCAUCCUUUUAAAAAGCCCAGAGACAAAAACUUUCAGUGAGGCUGUGGCUGAGAAAUCAGCAAGGUUAACAGACUUCGAUGGCAGGACUGAGGGACAGCUGGUGGCCACUAACUACGCCAUGACAGUGGCCACAGUCAACCCUGUCAGGCUGCAGAAGGCGGAGAGGUAUGUUUGGGUUAACAGCACCUCGGCGCACUCACAGAAUGUUGCCAAAGCAAAGUAUGAAUUUUUAUUUGGCGAGUCCAUGGAAACAACACAUAACACGGCACCAGAAAUUGAUGACCCUGGUAACACGAGAUUACUCCCACAGACGGCUAGUGUCACAAAUGAGUUCCCAGAGUAUGGGACAUCAGAACACAGAGAGAAUGACCCAUUAGAGACUGGCUCUGUAGGAGAACCAGCACCAUGCUUAGAAGAACUAAAAGAACUUGGCCCAUUAAUGCAGAAUGACUGUUUAACGGAAAAGUGUAAGCCAUGUGUGCAGCAAAAGCAGAAGAACAGAGAGGGAAGUUUAGAAGGUGAUUGUAUGGAUACGCAGUGUUCUUCAAAAACUUUGAUGUCAUCUGGACAGCUUAAUGCAGAGGCCUUAGAUGAUGGCAAUUCAUACCAUGUGUUCCCAUCUUCAACCGAGGAGAACAAAUUGGACCAUCCCACAGCCAGUCCUAAUUUAGCAGAAGAAGACCUGGUGGUUCCAAGCCAAGAGAAAACCUCACAAUCGCCUUUAACGAUAGUAGCCCCCGCAGAACGGAAAUCUUACUUAUACGUUGAAAGGGAGCUAGCUGCAAUUUCUGAAGAAGAAACAAUAUCUCUGUCGGAAUCCUCAUUAUCUCAGAUUACAGAAAUUGCAGACUUUCCAAAAUCACAGCAUAUUAGUAUUCAAGUUUCACCCGCAGUCGUAGUAGACGGCAGCACUCCAAUGGAACGGGAUGCAAUGGAAAGCUGUGCACGGAAGAAGGCUGAUGGUAAUGAAACUUUUGGGUCCUCUCAAGGGGAAUCUCCAGCAGGACUGGUAUAUACUGAAAGUGCUGCUAUUUAUAGUAAAUGUGCUUCAAAGGUACAAACAAAUAUGGUAGAAACAUGGGAUAAAAAAUCUCCUCCUGCAGAUGGGGAACAUAUGGAUACAACAUCACUUAUAUCAACAGGUACAAGCAAUCACAUUCCAACCUCAGAGAGGACUAAGGGAAUAAAGGAGUCAUCAGCCUCUGGAUCUAAUACAUUUCAGCAGCAUAAUGGGAUAGACAAUGACGUCUUCAGUAAGGAAACAGAUGAACUGCCGGUGUCAGGACAACUUUUCCAAAGCCCUAGGAUUGUAGCUGAAGAUCCACAAGAAGACUUUCUCAGGUCAAAGAGAUGUUCGGAGGACUCCACUGACCUGUACAGUUCCCAGUUUGAGAACAUACUGGACAAUACCUCCUUAUACUACAGUGUGGAAUCACUGGACACCUUGUACUAUGAGCCUGAUAGCUUCUUCAGUUUUGAGAUGCCACUCACACCAAUGAUACAACAGAGGAUCAAGGAAACUAGUCAUUUUAUGGAGCGGAGCUCAGCAUCUGAUGGCCAGCAGGAGUUUCUCAAAGUUGAUUCUGGCACCGGAAUAACGAUGGGUUAUUGUAAUGACAUUAUCAACGGCCUGGACAAAGUCACCGGAAUAGAGUUUCCUAAAAACACUGAGGAGCUGGUAUUCUCAGGAAGUGAUGUGGAAUCUAUCAGCAAAACUCUAGAGGCCUCUCGUGACAUGGGCAGCACUGAGAUUCUUGUAAAAGGAAGCACUGAAAACCUCAUCAAUGGGACCAAUAAUAAUUUACAAGCUGCUAAACGCUUGGCUAAGCGCCUGUACCAGCUGGAUGGUUUUAAACGCUCUGAUGUUGCAAAGCAUUUAGGAAAAAACAACGAUUUCAGCAAACUUGUGGCGGAAGAGUAUCUUAAAUUUUUUGAUUUUACCGGAAUGAAUCUAGAUCAGUCACUCAGGAUAUUCUUUAAGGCAUUCUCACUCAUCGGAGAAACUCAGGAAAGGGAGAGAGUCUUAAUCCACUUCUCCAACAGAUUCUUUCAUUGUAAUCCCAACAGCAUUUUAUCCUCAGAUGGAGUGCACUGCCUAACCUGCGCGAUGAUGCUUCUCAACACUGACUUGCACGGACAUGUGAACAUUGGGAAGAAGAUGAGCUGUCAGGAAUUCAUCUCCAACUUACAAGGGGUGAAUGAAGGAAGCGAUUUCCCUCGAGGUCUGCUCAAGGCUUUGUAUAAUUCCAUUAAGAAUGAAAAGCUAGAGUGGGCUGCGGAUGAUGUUGAUGCAAUGAAAAAAUCACCAUCAGACAAUGCCGAUGAGAAACUCAAUGGUAGCCAGUCAAAGAGUAUAAGUCGGAUUGGCAGCAGCAAUCCUUUCCUGGAUAUACCCCAUGAUCCAAAUGCUGCUGUAUACAAGGCCGGAUUCCUUGCUCGAAAAAUUCAUGCUGACAUGGAUGGGAAGAAGACUCCAAGGGGAAAACGAGGCUGGAAAACCUUCUAUGCGAUACUGAAGGGAACUGUCCUGUAUUUGCAAAAGGAUGAAUAUAAGCCAGAAAAGGCACUGUCAGAAGAUGAUUUGAAGAAUGCUGUGAGUGUGCACCACGCACUGGCUUCAAAGGCAACAGACUAUGAAAAAAGGCCCAAUGUCUUGAAACUCAAAACAGCCGAUUGGCGAGUCUUUCUUUUUCAAGCACAGAGCAGCGAGGAGAUGGAUUCUUGGAUUACCAAGAUAAACUGUGUGGCAGCUGUAUUUUCCGCUCCUCCCUUCCCGGCGGCUAUAGGAUCACAGAAGAAAUUUAGCCGUCCAUUACUUCCAGCCACCACUACCAAACUGUCCAAGGAUGAACAGCUGAGAUCUCAUGAAACUAAGCUGAAGCAAAUCUCCACUGAGCUGGCAGAGCAUCGCUCCUAUCCACCCGAUAAGAAAGUGAAAGCUAAGGAAAUAGAUGAGUACAAGAUGAAGGAUCACUACCUGGAGUUCGAGAAAACUCGGUAUGAGGUUUAUGUGAAACUACUUAAAGAUGGUGGCAAAGACCUGCUGAUCAAUGGCGAAAAUGACAACUCCGGGCUCAAAAAAUCCCAUUCCAGCCCUUCGCUGACCCAGGAUUCGUCUCCAGCCAGUGCCAAGAUCAAACGUAAUAUUUCGGAGAGGAAGGACUACAGGCCAGAGACCCCAAGCAUCAAGCAGAAGGUCACCUAAGAAGGAAUGAAGUUGGAAUGAGCUGGUGUCAGUCAGCAAGCGCAGCAACUUAUAUCGUCCGUCACAAUUGUUACUAUCUGUGGUUCAUUCAAAAAAACAAAAUGAGUCUGUGACUGGCUGGGGCUUGAUAGCAUUUUCUAUUGCACAUUUCUUUUUGCUGUUGACUGCUCACUAUGUUGUACAUGUCUUGUUCCCAAUCUGCAGAGUGUAGUUAUUUUGGCUUUUUAACACCUCUUGCAUCGCGGGUUUAUUCCUGUGCUAAAAGGCUUAGUAACGUAUGCACCUGUUUUAUAAGGGGAUACAUUUCAGGACAAAAUUAUAUGUGCCUGUCCCACACCACCUCAUUUUCACUCUUAGCUCUCAUAAAGUUAACUUUUGUUUUUCUUUUUUUUAUAUUAAAUUUUUUUUAUAUGACUUAACUUUAGCAACAAUGCAGAGCCGAGGCAAACAUAUAGAUGUUUAAUUAGGGGAUAUAUGUAAAUGCUAGAAUUUCAUUUUAGCAGAAGAAGGAACAGGCACGUUUUUUGCAGACUAGGAGAAGUUAUAGAUAAAGCAUGAUCUCAGUGUUUUCAUAGUGUAGUAAAUUCAGCAGAGUUCGCAUAACCCGCACUGCAUACUAGUCAGUCAUAAACACA